AGUUUAUGUUUACUGAAAUGCGCCGAAGAAAUGAUCUAACCAACCGUAGGGGAAGUCGAAUCAAGGGAAAUCAUCCUGUCGAUGUGUUCUUACAGUUUCCUACUGGGGCGCUGUUCAUAUAAAACUCUAAGUAGAAACAUUAGGAUUGAAUCCAUCUACAGUGAAAUAUCAUUUUACAUUCUGCGACGUUUGUCUGUAGUUUUGAUUCUUUGCGAAUUUAGUUGUUUGGAGGUGUAUCAGCGAAGGGCCCCGCUGUUACAUGUUCUGUUCAACUGACAUUUACUUUGAAUCGAUUCUACAGUAAACAUUUUACGGUUGUGAAAUGACCCUUGGAUGACGAGGCUUAAAGUUUGUUUCUCGAAGGAAAGGUGUAUGGAUACACAAUUUUGACGUGGUGAAUAGCGACAUGUGAUUAUGGUAACUUUACUCGACGAUGGGCGGUUGUUCCUUGUUACACCGUAUGGAAAUAGCGAAACUUUACUCGGAGAUGGCAAAGAUGGGUAUAGCGGUAAAGUACCCCAAAUGCGUAAUUAUACGGCUUUGAAAAGGACGGUUUGAUUAUAGGACGAUUGUACGUUGUGAUCUUGUAUUAACACACGAAAGCAAACGAGUAUGGGACACGAAAUAAAAGAGCAACUGGAAAUCGGUGGUAGUUUAUGGCUAAGAACGAACUGUAAUGGUUAAGGAUUCCAGACACACGAAGAGGAUGACUUGGAAAUUGAUCAGAAUACGCACUAGCUACACAAGUGACCCAUACGCACCUAGAGAUAAUGUUGCUUAGCAACCAAGCUGUUGGUGGAACUUGGGACUUGUGUUGGAAUGUCCAGAAAACAAACUCAACAUGGAUGAUUUAAAUUGAAUCUUGUAAAAUGAAGACAGGCUUCAAUGAGUUAAGCACCCAACAAUUUCAUUUGAAAAUUGCUCAGAGACGUCCAAAGUCUUGUUUUGUAAAGAACACGGGAAGCAAAGAAAAUUUUCCUAGCAAUCACGUACAAAAGUGUAGAAGUGAACAAAAUGCUGUAUUGUCUCCAUCAUUUUCAUCAUCAAAGGGCUAUGUCUUAUUUAAUCUCUCGGCUGACAUAGAAAAAAUGGACAAUACAAUAAAAUCACAACAAAUUCAGAUAUCAUCAUAUUUACGUCGACCACAUGCAUCUUGUUAUACUUUGCUUGACUCACAAUGUAUACCAGAAACAGCAAAACCAUGUCGCCCACCGUAUCACCCCAAAUCAGCUAGUACUGUGUUUGGAUAUGCCAAAAGACCAGUGUCAGCUAGUGAAGUCUCACACCAUCUUGGAAGACAAACUAAGACCAGUUUGUUGAGGAGUAAAUCUAAACGUGACAUGCAUACAGAGUCGUGCAAUUCACAAAGCUUCAGGAAUAUAAGAAAUCAAAAGCCGCGCGUUAUCCGUGGAGACAGCAGAAUAACAAAAAGUAGUCUGACGCCCAAAGAGGUGCUCGAUUACAUGAAAUCUGCUCAUGCGUACUUAACUGGAGCGCGAUACAACAGUUCACAUGUUCUGGACAGCAAGUCCCAGUCGAGAUAUGGCGUUUACGUUAGUAAGGAAAAAUUGCGAAGUUGUAAAACAAAUAAAAUAACUGUCUCAUCUGAAAAAGAAAUAGACGAACAACUAUUGCUGGCGUUGAAAAUUGUUGAUAGUAAAACAUCUAAAGCAGAUGUUGUGAAUGUUGCAACGAAUACUGAACCUCAUUAUCUCAGCUUUGAUGAUUGCAAUAACAGCAAAUGGAAUAAAUUAAAAAAACCGUUACCCCGCAAGGAUACCGACAGUAAAUUCCCUGUGGCAAAAGCUAGCGUCGUGAAAUGUAUCCAGACCAUGUACAUUGAUUAUGAUUCUGUUUUGAAAUAGCUAUGUAUACUUAUCAUAGGUAGUGUUUCAUUGUGCUAUUUCAAGUUUUCAACCGAUUCAAACCGGCUGAACGUGUCAUUGCAACCUGUUUAAACCGGCUGAAUGAUCGCGUAUUAUGUCGAAGACCUGUUUGAAUUGACAUCUGAAAAUCUACCACUGAAAUGAUCAGUUCGAAUAAGUUAGGGAAAAUGGGAUUUUAGUGUUACAGGAACGAUCUAAGGGAACCAUCCUGAACUACCCUAUCAUUGUGGGAUGAAGAAAUAAUUCAAACAUUCAAUUUUCGCAAAGAAUUUUUUUCUUUUAACUUUUGAAUAUCGGAAACGUGCCAUUAAAGUCAAUUAUUGACGAUUAUAGAUGUCAUCCUUUUCUGUCUGUAAUAAAUUUGGUUUGUGCUUCUAA